AUGCUGGACGGGUGCGUGAGGGGCGAGAUGCACCGGAGCAGCUCGACGGAGGUCCAGAUCCGACGACGGCACACCGAGGGGAGAAACCUCAGAGAGAUCAAGAUCGCGCUGCGUGACGCGGGCCAGGGCCACGGGCUGCGGCUGGCGCACGCCUUUGGCGUGUACCCCGCGGCCGUGCGCGACUCGCUGGUCUCCGUGGGUGACGACGCGUUCGCCUACCUGUCUGGCUGGGCGAGGACGACGGAGGCCCAUUGGCUCCUCCCGCGCAUCACAGACGACCGCAUCUUGGCGAACAGGCGCAGGCGCCUCAGCAGUAAUGUCUGCGCCACGGGCGCGCGCUGCCAGCGCCGCAGACAGGACGGCUUGCUUAGCGGGGGGCUGCUGGACGCCAAGGGCUGGCACGCCAGGAAGUGCGGGUGCGGAGACGGCAGGGACUGCCAACGCAACUAUCUGCUUGACUUGAGUCAGUCGUGGAAGCACUCCGCUGGGGACCGCCAGCUCCCGUCAGCCACGCCAGGCAGCACCAAGUCGAAGUUCUCCAGCAUCAACCUCAAUGCCGUGCACAAGCCGGCGGCGGCGCCUGCCGCUCCCGCGGUCAAGCAGCCCGGCCCGAAGGGCCUGGUGGCCUUGUCGAUGCCCGGGAAGGACAAGAAGGGCCCCUCCAAGUUCGAGCCGCCCAAGCCGGUUCAGCUGCGGAGCCUUAAGGCGGAGAACCAGGGGAACGACCCGUCCAUCAGCCUCGUGCCCAUGGGUGGCCCUGGCUGGGGCAAGCGGCAGACCAGCGACGAGCCGGCGGCCUCGGACAAGCCGCGGGCCGAGGCGGUGGAGGCGCCGGUGCAGCCCAAGGCCGCUCGAGCCGAGCCUCCGGCGCAGCCCAGGGCCGCUCGAGCCGAGGCGCCGGCGCAGCCGCGGGCGUCUCGUGCCGAGGCGGACGACAGGCCUCGGAAGCCGCGUGAGCGUACGCCUGAGGCCAGGCGCCCCGCGGAGAGGGAGCCCCGCCCGCGGGAGGCGGCAGACGCCGCGCGGCCUCGCGAGCCCAAGGAGUCUCCCCGCAACGAGGCGCUGCCGGGCAUCGAGCGCCGCAUGGAGGAGCGGCGGCGCGAGGAGGAGGAGGCGCUGGCCGAGCAGCGCGCGAGGGCCGCGGAGAAGCUGCGCCGGCUCGACGAGAGGGCUGCCGAGAGGAGGGCCGAGGAGUCCAAGUCCGAUCGGCCGGAGCCGAGCGCAGCCCGCGCCCGCCGCGGCGAGGGCGGCGAGGGCGGCAGGGCCGAGGCGCGCGCCCCGGAGGCGCGCCGGCCCGCAGAUCCCGCCGAGGCCAGGCUGAAGCCGCUGCCGAAACUCAGGCCCUCCAGGCCGAGCGCGCCGCCCCAGGAGGCCGAGGCGCGGCCGCAGGGCGGUGCACCGCCGGCGCCGGAGAAGAAGUCUACCUGGGGCGGCUGGGGCACGGUGGUGGCCGAGCCCGCCCAGCCGCUGCGCAGCAGGGACUUCCCGACCCUCGGGGAGCAGCCGCCGCCGGACGAGCCCGAGGAUCCCCCGGCCGCGGCGCGGCGCUCCGAGCGCGGCGCCGGGCGGCCGGGGCGCGGUGCCUCGUGGGCCGACCAGGAGGCCGCUGAGGAGUCCGGCCGGCUCGCCUUGGGCCCGUCCGCCGAGGGAGACGAGGAGGGCAAAGGCGGGCGCAAGGGCCGCAAGGGCAAGGACCAGGAGGACAAGGGCAGAGACCGCGGAAGCAAGGACGCGAAGGAUGGCAAGGACAGGGGAGCAAAGGGCAAGGGCAAAGACGACAGGGACAAGGACGAGAAGGGCAAAGACGGCAAGGGAAGGGGCGAGAAGGGCAAGGACGACAAGGGCAAGGGCGAGAGGAAGAAGGACAAGGGCAAGGGCAGCGACGAGAAGGGAGACAAGGGCAAGGGCAAAGACGGCAAGGACAAAGACAAGGACAAAGACAAAGACAAAGACAAGGACAAAGAUAAAGACAAGGACAAGGACAAGGGCAAGGGCAAGGACAAAAACGGAAAGGUGGCCGAGGCGGACGGCAGCAGCGCGAAGAGCAGGAAGAAGGAGCAGAAGGAACAGAGCAGAGAUGCCGCCGCACAGCGUGGCGAGGAGCUCCCGCGCGAGGAGGAAGACCAGCUCACCCGGCAAAAGGCCCUGGCGAGCGAGAAGCCGCGGCAGGUGGAGGCGCGGGCCGCGGAGAGGCGCGCGGGGCGACCGCCGCGGCCGCUGAGCCGCCGCCGUCUGCUGCUGCCGCCGCCGCUGCGACCGCCACUGCCGACGCCACUGCCG